UAUUCUUAUAACAUAUGGGAAAUAUUAAAGGAUAUAUUUAAGAAGAGAUGAAGGAUAAACUAAAAAUAAUAAAAUAUUGUUAGUUAAACAACUAUUGACAGACUUAUUUAAGACCCUGACUGCAGUUCUAAGGAUUAUGUGUUGACCAACCUAAAGGAAAUAGACUAUCAGACGAAUGGAGAGGAGAAGAAACAGGCAACUGGUGACUGCCAGAUAAGAGGCCCUUUGGGGGGGUCAUAUGAAUAUAGGGGAGUCAACACAGCGAGAGCAAUUGCUGGGUGAAAUGGUGAGGCGGGCAAAAAAUUCGAAGAUGGGGCGGAUAACAAACUAGUCACAUAGUCCGAUGAUACAUGCGGGUUGACCGGUACGGCCUUCGAAUUUAAAAUGCACACGAUUCUCGGUGACGACGAGGCGUCCACUCGUGACGUUGUUUAGCAUUAGCGAUGACAUACCUGUUCGUUCCGAGUUGGCUUGACGGAUGGGCCCGGGUGCGCAUUGACUUUGGUCGGUAUUCGAAAAGGUAAGAUCCGUUUAGACCGGCAAUUCGACGGACAUCGACACGGAAGUCAAAAUACAGGCGGCGAAUAUUACGAACGUGCAAACAAUUUUCCUCGCAUUUCAUGGAAUAGUAAAUGAAACGGUAGUAGCCGAUAGCCCACUAUCAGCGGGCUAUGCGUUAUCAAACCGUUUGUAAUCAUCUUUGUAUUGAAUAAUUGAUGUUUAGUGAAGUUGUUGUUGUUGUUGUACCGCCGCCGCUGCCGAUGAAACGCACGCACGCACGCGCAGGAACAAACACACGGCUACCAGUACGCCGCCAGCCACAUAAAACAAUCCCAAUAAAAUGGCCGACUGUCUCACCGUAAUAAUGUCGUUGCCAUUGUUUGUCCCGUGAUCCGUACGCUGUUGGAGACGAUCGCAAGCUGUCAACGUAAGCGCCGUAAACAACACCAAGUGAGUACAGCUUAUCCAUUUUCGUCAAGUUAUUGUUUAAUUCAUACAUUCUUUCGGUGAGCCGGCAAUCCGUCGUGCAUUUGGUUGGUAUGGGGCCUGGACGGCCGUCGGCCAACACUGGGACGACAAUGCUGUUCGGGGAUAUUUUUUCAUAUUGGCAACUUUGGUUCCAAGAUCUAUACAGGUUGUCCAUUUUUCGGCAGACGUUUUUUAUACUCUGUUUUUGGCGUAUAGGUAUUUAAUCGGUUUUAUGCAAUAUGCUUUUUGUCCGAUUCGGCAGCGGCUCCCAAGCUCCGUGAUUUCCGACACGGUGCUCUGACACGGGCACACAGUGUUGUUCCGCCAUUGUCUACCUAGUAUCUGCAAUCGCGGGCGUUGUCCUCGGCCGACAGGCGUUUAAUACGCACGACUGUAUUUCUCAAUAUUGGAUUUAUUGGGUUAAUUAUUGUAAAACGUGUCAUUAUACGGGAAAUUUAAUGCCGUUUGGAAUCUGGAGUAGAUAAACAGGUCGUCGGUUAUGCCUCACCAUCAUCCUGCGCAUUUUUCUUGUCAGCUGCAAAAUGGAAAAUCGGGUCGUGGUACUGGGUAAUCCACUGACAACCCCUCCCCCCCCCAAAAAAAAAAAAGUUUCUCAAACUCAAAGUUUGAGAUGAGUUUUUUUCUCUCGCCAAUUUAACAACUCACUGACCUUACCGUAUACCCGUCAAAUUUUUUUUUCUAUUUACGCAAAAAUAUCUUAAUAUUUUGGUGGUUAAAACGUGUGCGAUUUUUGAAUAAAUAUAUUAUGUACCGCCUCAACGACCUUUUUUUCAAAAACUGCGUUCAUUUAACUAGUAAGUGGUCCGUGAUUGUAAAAUGUCAUUGUUCCAAACAUUUUGGAGGGAAAACUUGAGUUUCAUCAAACACAAUACGUUUACAGAUUCCAACGGGACUAAGAAUCUAUAGCAAACACGUAUACACGUUUAAAUAAUUUCAUAUAAAAUUAUACAAUAUAAAUUUAAUGGUUAAAAUGGUGAAAAAAAAAAAUUUAAAAUAUCAAAAAAUGCUAAAUACUAAUAUUUGUCGAAUGUUCCACGAUUGAAUUUUCGAUUUUUCCAUUUCCUGUGGAUAUGACAGGUUUAGAAGUCCGCAUUUGCGGUCUUAGACAAAUUUUAAUGUCUGAAAGUCUCUGGGAGUCAAAAAAAAAAAAGUCAAAGCAUCGAAAAUUUACCUAUAUAUUUUCCAUUUCCUUCUCUUACCUUAUCAGCGUUCAAAGUUCAGAUUUUUCAAUUUCCCGCAAAAAUAUAUGAAAUUUUUACAUUUAUUCGUUACCUAAUUCAAUCACGGAACAGUGGUCAAACAGGGUGCACAGAAAAUACAUAUAUUUGGUUUUUUUCUACCCUAAGAGCUAGAUUUCUACCUUUUAUCAUGUAAUUUGAUAAUAUACUGCGUCCUAUUUUUACUCGAGAUAAACUUGUGAUAACUAUUUAAAUGUGUACAAAUGUUUGCUAUAGAUUUUUAUUCCCUUUGGAAUCUAGAUUUAUGCUGUAUUUGUUUUGUUGCUAUAGUUUUUCCCUCCAAAAUGUUUGAAACCAUGACAUUUUAUUACUGGCUCCUUUGGGGGAGAGGAUUAAAAUAUAUUAUAUAUGUGUAUUUUAUAUUUUAUUUGUAAAGAUUUACCUAAUUCUUAGGUAGGUAAUAUACAGUAAAAAUAAUACUAAAUAUAUCUACCUAUAGAUAUAUUAUAUAGCUACAUAAAGUUUAAAUACAUUAAAUUAGAUAUGUAUCUAGUUGUAUUGGAAAUAAAUCUUGAGACAUUGUUACUGAAUUGUUUUCAAAAAUCUUAUUGGCUGUAUAAUAUUAUUGUUAGUUGUAUCGUCUAUUGUCAGAAAGAACAAAAUUAUAUUCUAAGUUUGAAAAUAACAUUGCAAAAACAUCCAAUUCUAUUAUUUCAGUGAAUUAUAAAUUUACGAUAGUUAUAUUUUAUGAUAGUUUCCAGUGUAUAAGACUAUUAAAAAGGUACAAAAUGACUGGCCUUAAUUUUGAAAAUAAUUUUUAUUUUGUUCUGUUUGCAUAAUAAUAAUUUUAAGAUUUAUUUUAUUUUAAGGAUUUUAUUUUGUUGAAUAAUUAUAAUGGCAACCGAUCAAGACCAAGAAAGAAUUUCUACUCCAACGUCUAGUACAUGUUUAAUUUGUGAUGGUAGUACUGGAGUUUCAUCACGAAAUGCAAUCUCCAUAUUUCAGCAUCGUGUAACAUCCUCUGAUCGUACUGUUGUUAAAGUAAUUGAUGGUGUACUGGGUAUAGUACUUUCUUCCGAAGAUGUGCAUUCCAUUGUUGUAUGCCGUCGAUGUUUCAAAUCUCUAAAUGAAGUAGAUGAGCUUGAAGAUCGGUUAGCUGAUAUAAAAUUAGAGCUUACCUCUCAAUAUCAACGUACACUUAAGUAAUAUUUAUUAAUUAUAAAAAAGUCUUAAUGACAUGUUAUAAAAUUUAAAUAUUUUUUCACAGAACUAAAUCUGAAGGUGUUGAUAUCCAGACUAUAGAAACCAUUGAUAUUAAUGAUCCCCUUACUGGCGAUACUCCAAAACCUGUAAAAAAAAGAGGACGUCGUCCAAAGGUUAAGGAAGAACCCAUUGGUGAGCCUGUUUCCAAUGAAGAAACUUUACAAAAUGAUAUUGAAUGUAAAGAACUUAAAAAUCAAAAUAAGUGUUCAUCGGUAGAGAAUUUAAUAGAAAUGUUGGAAAACGAUAAGGACAAUGAUGAGGGUAUACCUAAUGAUAUCGAAGAUGUUCAAAAAUUGAUUCGUCCUGCUGAUAUAAAACAGGAAGCUAUACAUCCAGAUUUAGAUCAUCUUGAAGAAGAUAUAGAUGAUCCUAUAAUGAUUGAUCAUGAUGAUGAUGAUGAUGAUGAUGACGAUGAUGAUGAUGAUGAUGAUGAUGAUUCAGAAUAUGAUGAUGGAAAUGAAGAUCCUAAAAAUUGUGAAUCCAGUAGCCCUAAAAAAUCAAAAGUUACUAAAAAUUCAGUAAAGAAAAAACCUCCGGAAAUUCUCAUACCACAAAUGGUAAAAUUAAUAAAGUAUAUAUUUUUUUUUAAUUUCUAUAUAAUUACUUAAAAUUAUUAUUUUUUUCAAGUUGGUUCAUCAUGAUGGAGAUGUUUAUACUUGCUUAUUAUGUAGUGUAGAAAAUAAAUUUAAGGCAGACGCUAGAGGUAUUGUUGUUCAUGCCAAAAAUAUACAUCAAAUUAAGUUGUUUAUUUGUGAUAUAUGUGGACAAGAGUUCCUUAAAAGGUAAUGUAACAUUUAAUUAUUUAUUUUCGGGAACUGGUGAAAUCACUCUUUAUUAAUAAUUGCUAGUGAUAUAAAACCAAUAACCAAUAUAUUAUAAAAAAAACCAAUAUUUUUGGCAAAAGUAAAGUCAAUAUUUCACAUUAUCAUAGAUUAUUAUUUAUUUUUAUUGAUUUCAAUAAUAUUAUACAAUUAUAAAUAUUUGUAUUGUAUAAAAUAUGAUAAUGGCACUUGUUCGAAAAAUGAUAAGAACCACUUUUGGAAACAUGGCUCGAUCGCAUAUUAAUAUACUGUACACAGUGAACACAAUAAAAUACUACCCAUGGUUUUGUAUAACAAAUCUGAGUUUAUUUUUGAUUAAUUUUUUCCACUUGCUUUAUCAAAUGCUUCAGACUACACAAUAUUACAAUUAAAUAUAGUAGUAUUUAAUAUUCAGUAUUUCCUAAUGUUUUUGUUAUUUUAUACAUAUUUAUAGAAUGAUAAAAUUGUAUUGUAUGGGUAUGCCUAAGUGGGCGAGAGUGGAGUGUCAAGAGAAGACAGGAUAAGGAAUGAGUAUAUAAGAGGUAGCUUAUUGGCAUGACUUUGAUAGCAGACAAAAUGAGAAAAAUAGACAAAUGGUUUAGAGCAUGUUAUGAGGAGAUAUCAGGAGGAGGAAUCAGAAGUAGUAAGAAUUGUAAUAAAAAUAAACUUAGGAGGAAAAAGGGGAAGACUGAAAAAGAGGUGGUUAGAUGCAAUUAAGAAUCAUAUGAGGAUGGUAAUAUAUGCAAGGCAGAUCGGGCCAUAUGGAAGUUUAUGAUACAAUGGGCGACCCCAAAUAGUAGGGAUGAUGGUGAUGAUGAUCUAUUUUUGGUAGAAUUACUGUUAUAAAAAAUGGAAAUGAUUUUAUAGUAGUAAUUAUUAACUAAUAAUUGAAUUAUUCUUAAUCUUUAAAUUUAAAAUAUAUUUAUUAGUUUCUAAUAAAAUUAUCUUUUAUAACUUUUUUUUGGAUUUCGCAUUGAUGGGGGUUUUUUUUAAAUAUUAUUUAUAUUUUUUUGGAAAUGAAUUAUUAGAGAAAUCAUUAUGUACCAAAAGGAUUAAGAUCUAUGGACAGGAAAUUGAACAUUUAUGGUAUUUUCAUGUGAUUAAAAGUAAUUUUUUGAAUUUAUAAUUAAUUACAGUUUUCAUACAAUUUUUGAAAAGAAUCAUAAAUAAACAUUGGUAUUUCAAUUAUUGUUUUGAACUUUAACUUAAUUAAUAUUUCAAAUGUGAAUUUAUGAUUUUAGGAUUUUUGGUCUUAUGAUUAUUUUUUCUCAUUGUAUUGUAUGUGGUAUUUGUAUUUUAUAGACCUGAGUUGAUGAAGCAUCUAGAACAUCACGCAAAUAGUGAAGAUGGAAACUUUGUUUGUGAUAUUUGCAGUAGAGUAUUUAACAAUGUACGUAUGUUUAGAGUACAUAAGAAAAUGCAUAUGCCUCAAUCUAAAAAUCAUACUUGUGAAACAUGUGGUCGACAAUUCGCGUAAGGACAAUAUAUUAUUAAUUUUUGAUAUUUCGUUAUUAACUUGAACAUAAUUAUUUUUAAAUUAUAUUACUUUGUAGAUCUCGUAAUACAUUAGAAGAACAUAAUAAUACACAUACGGGUGUGCGUCCAUAUCGUUGUGAGAUUUGUGGUAAAGAUUUUACAUCGAAGUAUACAUUUAAAGCACAUGAAAAGGUCCACACAGAUCGUGAGCGAAAUUUUACUUGUAUUAAUUGUGGCAAAGCUUUUCUUACUGAACAGAAUCUUAUUCAUCAUGAACGGACCCAUUCUGGGCUUAAAAAUUAUGUGUGUCAAAAAUGUGGUAAGUGUGAAAAUUUUAAUAUUAUACCUUUUUAUUUUGUUUUGAAUUAAUUGGUGUACCUAGCAAUAAUAGCAAUAACCAAUACUACUUGUAACUAAUUGUGUUUACAAGUUUCAAAUAAAAAAAAAAAUAAAAAAAAAAUGAACAAUAUAUAGGUAUAUAAAAGUCAUAAUUCAAUUAUUAAAAAAUUGUUUUUCUUUCAAUCUUCAAACUAAGGCUAUUUUAUUGAACUUAAAACUUUUCUAAAUUAAUUUUUAUCUUUUGCGGAUAAAAGUGUUAGGUGUCAAAAUUUGAUCACAAUAAGCAAACUUGUACCCAUAAUGCCUACAUGGAAGUCCCCACAAUGGCAUUUUUAUUCAAUGGUUAUUAUUAUAGAGCACACGCUGUGUUAUUGAUAACUUUACACAACUGUUAAGAAACAAAGGAUUUUACAUUGUACUUUAAGUAAAAUUCUCACUUGACUUAGGAUCUAUAAAACUGAGUUAAAUAACUCUAAAAUUUCAUUAAACAAAUUUAUUUAUAUUCCCCUUGAAAUUUGAUUUAUCAAAAAUAUUGCUCCUUUAAAUAUUUCACAGCUAUAUAAGUAUUAUUUUUUAAACGUGUACUUAUCUUUUUAGGUAAAGCUUUUGGCACUGCUCGAAAUUUAGAAGUGCAUUAUGUUGUACACACUGGUUACAAACCAUUUAUUUGUCGUAUGUGUGGCAAAGCGUUUGCUAGAAAAGCUGAAAUUAGGGAUCAUGAACGUAUUCACACUGGAGAAAAACCAUAUCAGUGUGAAUUUUGUGGAGCAACAUUCAGGUACCUUUUUAAAUAUAGAUAUCUAAAGGUAUUUACAUUGUAUUAUUUAUGUUAACAGUCAAAGAAGCAACCUGCAAUCUCAUAAACGAGCUACCCAUUACGACGAUAAGCGUUAUAAAUGUACAGACUGUGGUAAAGGAUUUAAGAGACGCCGUUUAUUAGAUUACCACAUGAAAGCUGCUCAUACGGGUGAAAGGCCAUUCAAGUGUGAAGUGUGUCAAGCAUCAUUUAUUUAUCCUGAACAUUUUAAGAAGCAUGCACGUAUUCACACUGGGGAAAAACCUUACUUGUGUGAGGUGAGAAAUUAUUAAAAUUUGAAUUUUUUGUUGAUUGUAAUGUAUAUAUUAAUUUUUUAUUUUUGUCUAAGGUUUGUGGCAAAGCAUUCAACAGCAGAGAUAACAGAAAUGCUCAUCGUUUUGUACAUAGUGAUAAAAAACCUUACGAAUGUUUAGUCUGUGGAGCUGGAUUUAUGCGUAAACCAUUACUUUAUAAUCAUAUGACCCAAGCUGGUCAUUUAAAUGAUACUAUUGUAGUAAAUCAGCCUCGACUGGCAUCUAGUCCAGUAACUAUACAAGAAAUGGCAGAUGAUAUUCAAAUGCCAGGUACUGAUUCCGAAAUGGAAUUAGCCAUGGUUGUUGAUGCUGAUGGAAAUCAAACUGCUCUAGUUAGUAUAAAAAUUAAAUUAAUUAACCUAAUUUAAUAAUUAUUUUACAUUAAUUUAAAUUUAGCGUGACAUGACUGAAGAGGAAAGAAAAAUGUUUGCUGGAGAAUUAAAAGAGCAUAUACUAUUACCCAACAAACAAGAAGUUCUUGGAGAUGAUUUAAAUUCGGUUGAGCAAAUACUUGUUGAUAAUAAAUAUCAAGUAAUUAAUAAUUCAUUUUCUUAAAGUUUUAAUAUUAUUAUAUUAAUUAAUAUAUAUUUUUUUUUUAUCUACAGAUUCAAUACACAACAUCUGACCAGCAUGGAGAUGUUCAUACUAUGUUAAAUAUGGAUCAUCAUGGGGAUGAUGCUGGCCAUAUGGAAACUGUUACUGUUAGUGUCGGUGGUCAAGAACACCGUCAAUUAAUAGUCCCAGCUACUCGUCAUAUUACAUUAAAUGAAAGUGAUGCAGCUGCAUUUGCCGAACAUGCAACUAUAAAUGGUGAAAAUGUGCAAAUAGUACAAAUACAAAUACAGGAUGAGGAUGGUGAAGACCAAAAACAUUGGUUUAACAUUAUUCAACCACAACAAGGAUAAAACUUAAUUUCUUAAUCAAUGAUAAUUGAUACUGUUGAUAUUUUUUGUUUAUAGGACUAUUUAUAAUUGUGUACUCUUUAAUUUUAUACAUAUUAAGGAUAUUAAUUGACUUUGGUAGCUUUAAGGUUUUUAUGUCUGGCAAAUGUACCUAAUUAAUUUAAUUUUAUAUCCAUAUUAUUAUAUCCAUAUUUAAUAUUACAUAUUGUCUAUAUUCUAUAAGAUUAAUUAAGCACUAUUAUCUUAUCUAUACUAGGUUAAUUUAGUACAUUUUAUAACUUUAGUAAGUCUGAAUUACUAUUACGUUUAAAGUUAAUUUUUGUGAUAUAUAUAUCUGAAAGUUAUAUCCUGUUUUUUUUCUUAGUUUAUAUUAAUUACAUAAAGCAUCAUAUUACAUCUAAUAUUUAUAGAAAAAAAAAUCAAGUGGAAGUUUGGGACGAGGUUGGCCAACCUUAAAUAGCUGAAAUGAAUAAUAAUAAUAAGAAGAAGAAGAAGACGAUUUUGUUGAAUGUUAAUUUAAGCUAAAUUUUAUGUUUAUUAUAAGAUAAUUUUAAUAUAAAAUAAUACUAUUGGUUAUACAAUAGACGGAUAGUCCAUGGUAUCAAGUUAUGUUACUGCAUCCCACAAGUAUUAGCCAAUUAACAUUUCAUAGGCUAACUGAAUGUUGUUUAAUCAAUGGUAAUGUACUAGAUAAUUUUUAAAAAUUUAACUAAUUAUAAGUACAGAGUAAAUAAAUUAGUUUUAUAAUAAUAACUGAUUUUUUUUCUAGAAUUGUAUGAUAUAAUAUAGGUAGAAAGGAACGUAAUUAAUUAAUGUUCUAUUACUAACAGAUAAUAAUUUCUCUAUGGAUUAUUCAUAGGUUCGAUAUUUUGUUAUUAGACAAAUAUGAUAAGUAUUGUGUUGUUUAUCAAGUAAUUCAAGUAAUUUAAGCAUAUUAAAUAUUCUUCUGAAGUAACUAUACAACUAUUAUAAUUGGCUAUAACUAUAAUAUAUUGAAACCUUCAAAUACAUUAAUCUAACAUACUAACUAACCUAUAUAGUAUCUAACAAUCUACUGUUGCCAGAAAAAAUUUCGGGGAGUCGCUAAUAUUUUUUGUUGCCAUGUAUUAAUAUUUUUUAAAAUAUUAUAAAACUGAAACAAAUGAUAAAAAAAAAAAAAAAACAUUUUUAGGAAGGUGUGGUAGGUAUCCCCUAGCUCUAUGGCACUGCUAACUUUUAAUAUUUUGCACUAAAGUCUCCAAAAUUUUUAUUUGUGGUAAUGGACACUGGUAUAAUUUUACGUUAUAUAAUGUAGUUUAUAGUUUUAUAUAAAUUAAAAAAAAUAUUAAUGAGGAAUAUGUAAAUUUGAAUUUAUUUGUAAUCUGUAAAUAUUAUAUGCGUUUUUCACAAAACUUGAG